GUGAAAAUGAGUUCUUCGGUAAGAAGAAAAGGCAAGCCAGGCAAAGGAGGUGGAAAAGGGUCUUCUAGAGGAGGAAGAGGAGGCAGGAGUCACACUAGCAAAUCUCACGGGGGCGCUGGCAGUGGUGGUGGCAGUGCUGGCAAUAGAAAGGCCUCAAGUAGAAUUUGGGAUGAUGGCGAUGACUUUUGUAUCUUCAGUGAAUCAAGGCGCUCAUCCAGACCUAGCAACAGUAGCGUAAGGAAAGGAGAGGCACGCCCCAGAUGGAAGCCUGAAGCCAAAGUGCCCCUUCAGACCCUGCACAUGACUUCUGAGAACCAAGAGAAAGUGAAAGCUCUUCUCCGGGACCUGCAAGAACAGGACGCCGACGCCGGAUCUGAAAGAGGCAUUUCUGGGGAGGAGGAAGAUGACGAGCCUGAGUGUGAUGAUGAACUGUACUGGUCUGCUGGACGAGAAGCUUCCCUUGUUCCUGACUGUGACCCUUUGGAAUAUGCUGGCUCGGGCCCAGUGGAGCCUCAUAAUCCAGAAUUUACAGUCUCAACGUUUGCAGUGCAGAAACUUUCCAGGUAUGGUUUCAACACUGAACGCUGUCAGGCAGCCCUGAGGAUGUGUGAUGGAGAUGUGGGGGCAUCACUAGAACAUCUGCUCACACAGUGUUUUUCAGAGACAUUUGGGGAGAAGAUGAAGAUCUCUGAGGCGGUUGCCCACGUAAGCUUGGAUGAGUGUGUGGAACAGCGGCAGGAAGAGGCAUUUGCUCUCAAGUCCAUCUGCGGAGAGAAAUUUAUAGAAAGAAUUCAGAACCGAGUCUGGACCAUUGGAUUAGAACUGGAGUAUUUGACGAGUAAAUUCUGCAAAUCUAAGCAAAAGGAAAGUACCAAAAAUACACAGGACACUACACUUGAAAUCUGUAAAUUUUACCUCAAAGGAAAUUGUAAAUUUGGAUCAAGAUGCAAAUUCAAACAUGAAGUGCCCCCAAAUCAAAUUGCCGGAAGAGCAGAAAGAAUUGUAGAUGAUUCUCAUCUUAAUGCCCAUGAAGAUGCCUCUUUUUUAUAUGAACUUGAGAUUCGAUUUUCUAAAGACCACAAAUACCCUUACCAAGCUCCCCUUGUGGCAUUUUAUUCCACCAAUGAAAAUCUACCUCUGGCUUGUCGUUUAUAUAUUUCUGAGUUCCUUUAUGGCAAGGCCUUGACAUUUGCAGAAACUUCAGAACCUGUUGUAUAUUCUUUGAUAACCCUUUUAGAGGAAGAAACAGAAAUAGUCACUUUACUAACAAAUACCCAUCACAAGUACAGCGUCCCUCCUGUGAACUUUCUGCCGGUAUCCUCUGGGACCAGAAUCAAUAAUCCUGUCUGUUGUAAACCAGUGAUUCCAAAUAAUUCUUUUGCUUCAAAUCAGAUUCCUGAAGUUGAAAAAGAAUCAGAACCCGAGGAGGAGACAGAUGAGGAUGAAGGUCCUGCACCAGUUAUAGUGGAGAAUGAAAGCUAUGUGAACCUUAAGAAAAAGAUUUCCAAAAGAUAUGACUGGCAGGCAAAAUCAGUACAUGCUGAAAAUGCUAAAAUCUGCAAGCAGUUCCGAAUAAAACAGGCUUCCAGACAGUUCCAGUCAAUUCUACAAGAAAGACAAUCACUCCCUGCUUGGGAAGAAAGAGAAACCAUUCUUAAAUUGUUGAGUGAGCACCAAGUGCUUGUUAUAAGUGGUAUGACUGGAUGUGGGAAAACUACACAGAUUCCUCAGUUUAUUCUGGAUGAUUCUCUGAAUGGACCACCUGAGAAAGUGGCUAACAUCAUCUGUACUCAACCCCGACGAAUCUCGGCCAUAUCUGUCGCUGAACGUGUUGCUAAAGAAAGGACAGAAAGAGUGGGUCUGACUGUGGGGUACCAGAUCCGGCUAGAAAGUGUCAGGUCCUCAGCCACCAGACUGUUGUACUGCACCACGGGCGUGCUGCUGAGACGGCUGGAAGGAGACACAGCUCUCCAAGGAGUCACCCAUAUCAUUGUUGAUGAAGUUCAUGAGAGGACAGAAGAAAGUGACUUCUUGCUGCUAGUCUUGAAGGACAUUGUGUUGCAGAGACCAACUCUUCAAGUUAUUCUAAUGAGUGCAACUUUAAAUGCUGAACUCUUUUCAGAAUAUUUCAGUUCCUGCCCGGUUAUUACUAUACCAGGUCGUACAUUUCCCGUCGAUCAGUUUUUUCUGGAAGAUGCAAUUGCUGUGACGAGGUAUGUGUUACAGGACGGGAGCCCAUAUAUGCGCUCCACGAAGCAGAUGACAAAGGAGAAGCUGAAAGCAAGGCGCAGCAGAACUGCUUUUGAAGAAGUAGAGGAAGACCUGAGGCUCUCUCUUCACCUCCAGCCCCAGGAUUCCGUCAGAGACGCAGUGCCAGACCAGCAGUUAGAUUUCAAGCAGCUCCUGGCCCGCUAUAAAGGGGUUAGCAAAUCGGUCAUCAAAACAAUGUCCAUCAUGGAUUUCGAAAAGGUGAAUCUUGAAUUAAUAGAGGCCUUGUUAGAGUGGAUUGUAGAUGGAAAGCACUCCUACCCUCCAGGUGCUAUACUUGUAUUUUUACCGGGACUAGCAGAAAUCAAAAUGCUAUAUGAACAGCUACAGUCUAAUUCUCUUUUCAACAACAGACGCAGUCAUCGAUGUGUGGUUCACCCACUUCAUUCAUCUUUAUCCAGUGAAGAGCAGCAGGCGGUGUUUGUAAAACCCCCUGUGGGCGUAACUAAGAUUAUAAUUUCCACCAACAUUGCGGAGACAUCCAUAACCAUCGACGAUGUUGUCUAUGUCAUCGAUUCUGGGAAGAUGAAAGAGAAGAGAUAUGAUGCCAGUAAAGGGAUGGAAAGCCUAGAGGAUACUUUCGUCUCGCAAGCCAAUGCUCUGCAGAGAAAAGGUCGAGCGGGCCGUGUUGCCUCUGGGGUCUGCUUCCACUUAUUCACCAGCCAUCACUUCCAUCACCAGCUGUUAAAGCAGCAGCUACCAGAGAUACAGAGAGUGCCGUUGGAGCAGCUGUGUCUGAGAAUUAAAAUUUUAGAGAUGUUUAGCACUCACAAUCUCCAGUCUGUGUUCUCUCGGCUCAUUGAGCCGCCGCACACUGACUCUCUCCGCGCCUCAAAGAUACGAUUACGAGACUUAGGAGCAUUAACUCCAGAUGAAAAGCUGACCCCCCUAGGGUAUCACUUGGCCUCUCUGCCCGUGGAUGUGAGAAUCGGCAAACUGAUGCUGUUUGGGUCUAUCUUCCGCUGUCUGGAUCCUGCCCUCACCAUUGCUGCCAGUUUGGCUUUUAAGUCUCCUUUUGUGUCUCCCUGGGAUAAAAAAGAGGAAGCUAACCAGAAAAAGCUAGAAUUUGCAUUUGCAAACAGCGACUAUCUGGCUCUUCUACGAGCAUAUAAGGGAUGGCAACUGAGUACGAAAGAAGGAAUGCGUGCAAGUUACAAUUACUGCAGACAGAACUUCUUGUCUGGAAGGGUUCUUCAGGAAAUGGCCAGCCUCAAACGACAGUUCACUGAACUGUUAUCAGAUAUAGGCUUUGUAAAGGAGGGACUCAGAGCAAGGGAAAUUGAGAAAAGGGCCCAUGGAGGAGAUGGUAUUUUGGAUGCCACAGGAGAAGAGGCAAACUCAAAUGCUGAGAACCCCAAGCUGAUAUCAGCAAUGCUGUGUGCUGCUCUUUAUCCAAAUGUAGUGCAGGUGAAAAGCCCAGAAGGGAAAUUUCAGAAGACCAGUACCGGAGCUGUCAGAAUGCAACCCAAAUCAGAUGAGUUGAAGUUUGUCACCAAGAACGAUGGAUAUGUGCACAUUCACCCUUCCUCGGUGAACUAUCAGGUCAGACACUUUGACAGCCCCUACCUGGUGUACCACGAAAAGAUCAAAACCAGCCGGGUGUUCAUCCGAGACUGCAGCAUGGUGUCCGUGUACCCACUGGUCUUGUUCGGGGGAGGCCAAGUGAGUGUGCAGCUUCAGAGAGGGGAGUUUGUUGUGUCCUUGGAUGAUGGUUGGAUCCGUUUUGCGGCUGCUUCCCAUCAGGUGGCUGAAUUAGUAAAGGAACUCCGUUGCGAACUUGACCAGCUCCUCCAGGAUAAGAUAAAAAACCCAAGCAUAGACCUGUGUACAUGUCCUCGAGGAUCCCGGAUCAUCAGCAUGAUUGUGAAGCUUGUCACCACACAAUAAAGUCUUAGGAGAGUGCUUGCUACUCCGCUGCUUCUUGCUCACCUGGGAAAUAACAGCAGCACCUCUACCUCCAACCGAGCUCUGUGCUUGGGGCCGCUCUGGGGAAGGAGCCCAGGGCGGGCACUGCGCAGUCAGCGGAGGCACCACACACCCUUAAGGAGGUUUCCCAGGCUGAGUAUUUCUGAUAGAACAAGGACACUCCCGGCACAAUUCGGAGUGUCCGGGUGAGGCAGUCUAAAAACCAGCUUGCCUGUCUUUUUCUCUGUGACUAUCCUGGAAUGGAUGAAAUUCACCUCAUAAUACAAAAGUGAAUGUUUAGUACAAUUCUGUUUUAAUCUAUGUAUUUUUUUUUCUCCUGCUUUUUUACUGGGGUGAGAUAGGAGCAUGAGGAGAAAUACUGAAUGCUUUUUUCUAUCAUAAAGGCUCAUCUGAAAGAAGUUAGAACAGAGAGGCACAAAAAAAAUCAUGUGAGCAAGAAAAAUUAAAAUUUCAUUUUAGGCUAUUGGCUACAAAGUAAGCUUAAAUUUGAUCUGUGAGGGAUUUUUAUUUUUACUCAUUAAGGUUCAGCCUAAAAACACAGACUCGAAGAGCUCUUAUCUGUCAUUAAAAUGCAAGCUGCUUUUAGCCUUACCAUUCUUAUUCUUAGAAGCACAGCAGUCUACAUGUCUUUGUUCUGUUUUCGGUUUUCCCUGUAGGAUCUUUGUUCUCUCUUAGGACACACCCGGAUCUAACGGCCACAUCUCACGUUACCCACCGGGGAGUUUGCUGGUGUUCUCGGAGCGGACUUGGCACAGUCGAAGUGGAAGAGCUUGCCACGCUCGUGUCGGAUUUACAGCCAUAAAAAUAUCUUCCAGGAGGCUGCUUAUUUUCAGCCGCCACUGAGGUGAAUGGGGAGCUAGCAUUUUGAAAAACUAUCAGUACAUUUACAUUUUCUCUGGACAUUUAUCCGUGUGGCCAGGAAGCAUCCCGAAGAGCUGAGUAGAAGAAAUAUUCUUACGCUUGUCCGGCGCUCAGGUAGAGUCCCUGCAGAUUCCGUACUACAGAUAGAAUCCGAACUAAUCAGCCAAACCCCCUCCGUGAAGGGGGUUCACUUUUCAAGGUAUUAUUUCAGUUAAAUUUUCAGAAAACCUCCUAGACUGUCCAGAACGAUCAUUAUCAGGCGUGUUGAAGCUUUGGCGCACUUGAAGACCCUAGACUCUAAACAGUAUUUUUAAAAGGCAUUAAUUCAUGUCAUCACGUUCAAUCAAAGAACAUGCAUGUGCAUAGCAGCCACAGGAUUCGAGUUCUGACGUGCUGCCGGAACAAGGCUCACGUUACAGAACUGCUCGGAAGCAAUGAAGGAGAUCACAACUAACGCUCCAGAACAUUUUCUUUAACCAGUGUUGACUCGGUGCUAUCGUGGAGCUCACGCGGGCUGCCCGAGCUGGAGCCAUCUGCCCAAGCAAACCUCAGCUUUCCACGAAGGUUUGCAGCAGAGCGUAGAGUGGGGCGGUAAAUACCAGAACUUUCCAUUCAGAGUGCUGAGGAAUUGCACCCCGCCCCGGCAAGUUACCCUUGGGCUGGUUACUUGCAGCCACAUAGAAACGCUCAACUCCUCCCACAGAGGUGCCAGAAUGUGGAAAAGAUCGGGAAGCCUUGACUGAAGACACUGAGGCAGAAAAUCCUCCCCACCAAAACUAAACUUCUUAAGCCCCCGUCAUGAAAAUUAUGAAGUAAAUGAAACAGGAAUACUUCUUUGCAAUUGAAGAUCAGAAUGCAGGAUAGCCUUUCAAGGUGGAACCGGAUUUCUCAGGCCAGCAAGAUGGCCAGCGUUUAAUGUUCAUUUUAUGGAGAAUUCUGGAAAUGUUUCUUAAGUAUUUGUUUUACUGGAAUCUAGCUGGGAAGCGAUAUUGGUAAAGUACUUGCUACAAAAUUAGCCUGCAUCAGGGUUUUGUAGUCUGUGUCUCUGGGGAGUUCUCAGGAAGCGAGAAUAGGUAAACAUUCUUGCAGAGGUGGUCAUAGGUUGGCAAAGCAUUAGCUUUGUCUUCUCCUCGAGUUCCGUAUCUGCAUGUUACAAUUCAGACUCCCUGACAAGUAAUGAACUUUGGUCUUUAUCCUCCCAUUCUGUUAUUGGAGCAGUUUAACGAAAACACCAAAGCACACAGCCUGUGGCUCUGGAGGCAUAGGGUAAAUACUCUUUUUCCUUUCUAGGCAAUGGUUUGAAUGUGUCCCUGUGAGGUUAUCAUAAAAUAAGACCUUGUGAAAGUACUUUGGAAAAUUAAAAUGUAGCAAAUGGAAGCAAAUUGGGACCAAGGAUGUGGUUUUCAGACGCAGCCCAGGCUGGCUUUUUGAGAGCUGCCCUGCUGUGUUUCUCAGUUGCUGGGCUGAGCUGGGGAGCUCAGGCAUCAUACCUGGAGUGUGUCUUGUGGGUGUCACCUAGUUGCCACAUAAAUGAGGAUCCCUGGGGGCAGCAGAAUUAUGCUCACACUGCCAUUAUGCUUAAACAAGCCUAGGCAGACACUGGCUCUUUCCUUCCAAGUCAUGCUAGAAUUAAGCAGAAUCCCUAAGGCUUAUUUUCUCCCAAAUGCAAGGGGAAAGUUUGCCUAAAAUAUUUAGCCAGUUAAUAAAUACAAGAUGGGCUACUGUUUUCAGAAGGUAGAUCUUAGGGUGCCUGGGUGGCUCAGUCGGUUGAGCGUCUGCCUUCGGCUCAGGUCAUGGUCCUGGGGUCCUGGGAUGGAGUCCGGCAUUGGGCUCCCUGCUCAGCGGGGAGCCUGCUUCUCCCUCUCCGUCUGCUCUCCCCUGCUUGUGCUUAUUACCUCUCUCUGUGUGUCAACUAAAAUCUUUAAAAAAAAAAAAAGAAGAUCUUGAUCAUGAAAUUGUGUUACUCAGCACUUGAGUAUUCACAGUACAGUGCCUCAGGGGGAACACUGUAGAAACAGCUAAUACCAUUUAUUGUCACAGCAAUAGCUUUAGACUGUUCCAGAGUGACAGGCUUCUUCCAUGACUUUUUAAGCCUCACACUUGUAAAGCUGUGUAAUGACUGUGUAAACCAUUAACCACGAUAAGUCAUUUCCAGGAGAGACUUUUUUCUUGCCAUUUCUAAGUUAUCACCCCCAAAACCAUGUAUCAAAGAGAUUGGUCUUAAAUAGGACUCACAGCCAGUCACUAAUCCUUAAGGUGCUUUAAAAUCUUAGCUGUCUUAAUAAUUUGCUUUGUCAAAGAGCAGAGAAAGAGUUGUGUUGGAGAAUCACUCACCUGAUGUCUGAGCCAUCAGAAAUGAGUGACCUCGGUAUUUCAGAAAGCUACAGGACAGCAGCCCAAACAUGAACUUGUUCCCGCAGACGGCUCAGCCUGUGCCCCAUCUUUGCCCAGCGGGGGCCAUGCCAGAGUCUACUCCGGAGUCAGUUCCAGCCCAGCUAACUGAGAAAAUAAGCCAGGACACAGGCCCCAGUGAGAGAGAUAGGAGGAGGAUGGCUUAGGAUCCAUUUACUGGAUUUCUCCACCUCUAUUUCAACCUUUUAGGAAAGAAACAGAUUUCAACAAAAGACUGUAUGAGGGGUUUGUUUGAAAAGGCAACUUCCCAGGGGUGCUUCAGUGGCUCAGGUCACCAUCUCGAUAUCGAGCCCCACGUCGGACUCCGAGCUCAGCAUGGUCUGCUUGAGAUUCUCUCUCCCUCUCCCUACCCCCCCCACUCCAGCUCAUGGGCUUUCUCUCUCUCUCUCUCUCUCUCUCAGUAAGUAUAUACAUAAAUAAAUUCUUUUUUUUAAUAGAAAGGUAACUUUAUCUGUGUUUAGGAUGAUGACCCUGACAUUACAAAUACAGUAUUCCUAAAUAUGGUAUAAUAAUGUAUUUAAUAAGCAUUUUCAACAGAAGCAUUUCAAACAGUGAGGAUUUUUGGUAUUAUUAUUCCUUAUGCAGAAAAAUGCAGUCACUGCUACCUCCUGCAACCUAGGUUUUGCUAAAAAUGGCCUGAAGGAGUUAAUUUUCCUUCCAAGUUGAAUGAGCUUAUUAUAAAGGGGAGAUCAUCCAUGGCCAAUUUUCUUCUACAAUGAUUCAAGACGGAAUAACAUAGCCAAAAACACUCACUUACUUCCCGAGAGUCCCCUUUUAAUAAGUUUUGGCUCAUUCCAUCCGUACGUUUCAAGUGUAUUAAAACAAAAGUAUGUGUUAACCAUUCAAGUAAGACUUUGUCCAUAGAGGUUGAUUGUAAUACAGGAUCGCAUCACGUACAAAGACCUAAAGAAGUUUCCUCACAGGGAAAAAUGUAUAUUUUGCUUGUUUUAAACCUAUGGUUCUCAAGUGGAGGCAGUUUUGCCCACAGGGGACAUUUGGCAAUAUCUGGAGAUGCUGGCACACCUGAGUGGGGUUGGGGUGUGCUCCUGGCACCUAGCGGUUAGAAGCCAGAGGUGCUGCCAAAUGUCAUGCAAGGCACAAUAUCCUCCUCGAACAAAAAAUUGUCCAAUUCAAAAUGUAGUGGUGCCACGGUGGAGAAAGCCUACUGAAACAAAAUGAGAUCGAUGACUACUUAAAAAGUCUAGCUAUUAGUUACUAAUCAGAUAUAAAUUAUGCCCACAGUUGUCUCUGAACAUUAUAUCCAAAUCAACUCUAAUAAACAUGUACCAUGUGAA